AUGAAGAACCUACACCCCGUGCAGAGAACCAGUCCACCUCUUGUACGAGAUGUGAUUGAGAUUAUUCUCUCGUAUCUUUACGAAUUCCCCUCCCCUACGCGCAAACCUUGCCAUCGUUUCGCGCAUUGCGCACUCAUUUCUCGCGCAUGGCGGGUACCCGUUCAAACACUACUCUUCCGUGAGGUUGGAAUCAGCCAAAUGUGGCACCUCUUAUCCCUCGAGGAAGGCCUGACAAGACGGACGGAGCACGCUCGUCGUCUCGCACACACCGUUCGCGUACUCUGGGUCCGUAUCACAGAUAUCGCAUCUCCAAGCAACGUGGACCCUGGCCAACUCGCAAGAUGUAUGCGCCUCUUCCCGCUCUUGUACGAGCUGCGCAUCGAGUUGGUCGAGGUGCGCAAUUUGGACGACAUUACUCUACGAUCAUUGCAGAAGACGCCUGCAAUCCAUGCUCUACGACUCUAUCGACCCAUGUGGUCGACAAAGAGCUAUAUGCAUUUCGGAUUCACCAACGUCCAUCUCCAGCUAUUAAAGGUCGCGCAUUGGCAACUCGAAUACUUCGUCAUGGAAGGCAAUUUUGACUACUGCAUACCACCACAGAGCUUGCGACCGCCAAGGCACAGAUUCAAGGAGGUGAUCCUUCACCUGCCCCACUCACCAAACGCUAUAUACGCAACGACAUCUCAAUUACUCAAGUGGGUCCUCAAAAACUCGAGUGACUCUAUUGAAGGGAUCGGGCUCAAGUAUUAUACGCCAGUAGUGCACCGUUGGAUGCCACAACUCAAAUGGUUUGCAAGUAUGUCGGGUCUACACUGUGACAUAAAGAUGCCGAAUGCUAGAGAGAUUCUGUGGUUUGUCCUUCCUCAGAGGCGGAUGGCUGACAUUGCGGAAGUGCUAGAUAGGAGUAAAUGUGGCAUUGCUCAUGUUGGGUUCCACGAUGACGGAAAGGAGAUUAAAGAAGACUGCUGGAAAUCAUUGGCUCCAAUACUCCCUGCUACUAUCAAGCACGUUACGUAUCUCCAUUUGCACAACACACGCUUUCAGGACCCCUCCCGGGCAGAACGGCUUCGUGGCACUAUUCAACGAGUGCUAGGGCCUGGUAUUCAUUCUGGCCUCACAUUUACACCUCGACUCCUUGCACGUCUGCAAGCCAGCACAGAGUUUACGGAUAACGACGACAAAGGACGGACUCUUAGAAUGUCAGGAAAUCGUGGAACGUAUAAUUAUGAUGUGUCGCUCCUGGCGGGCACACCAGGCGAUGCCAAGAAGCGGAACGAGGCUUCGGAACAGCCCAUGAAUGGUCCCGACGCGGCCCGUCAACCGGCCCAGAAUCGAGGGAGAACAAAAUGGAUCAUCUUGGUCUUGGUCAUGUUGCUGGUGAUAGCUGGAGUCGGGCUGGGUGUAGGGCUUGGACUCAAUGCGAACCAGCGAACCAGCAGCUCAUCUGCAACGACAGACUACCCAGGAACGAGUGCAACGAUGUCGUUGACAGGGAAUGAACCCACCAAAACCCUGCCCGGGUUCGGAGGAGACCUCACAAAGACGGAUACUGCUCAACCCACAGUCACAGCAGCCAUCGACGUGCCACCUUUGAUUGCAACGACAACAACUGGCAAGCCUGGUCCAUAA